AUGCUGAGCCGACUCAACCUUCUCACGAGACACUUUUCCCGUCCAUUCGGUCCAUCCCGCCCCUCCGUUCCCACCCUGUCGACCCCAUCCCUGGCCCCUCGCCCUGGUCCUUCCGCGAUGACAUCAGCCGCUCACACCAAACCCAUCCACACGGCAGCAUGCCUUAUCAUCGGCGAUGAAGUUCUCGGUGGAAAGACCAUCGACACAAACUCGCCAUACCUGGCCAAGUUCUGCUUCUCCCUAGGAAUGCAACUCCAGAGAGUUGAGGUUAUCCCAGAUGAUGAAUCCGAUAUCAUUGAGGCAGUGCGACGCAUGAGCUCCCGCUAUGAUUUCGUCGUCACCAGCGGUGGCAUUGGUCCAACCCACGAUGACAUCACCUACUCUUCCAUCGCCAAGGCAUUCGACCUGAAGCUCCAACUCCACCAGCCAGCCUUCGAGCGCAUGAAGCGCCUAUCCAAGCCACACCCCAUGCAGCUCAACUUCGAUUGGGACACGCCCUCUCCCGGCCUGACCGCCAAGUUGCGCAUGGUCGAACUCCCCUUCGACCCAAAGCUGUCCCCUGAGUCCCAGGCCGUUUUUGUCGCCGACGACCUGUGGGUGCCAAUCGCUGUGGUGAACGGCAACGUACAUAUCCUGCCCGGUGUGCCGCGACUUUUCGAGCGUCUGCUCGAUAACCUCAAGCCUUCUCUGAUCCCUCGUCUCACCGACCCGGAGGGUAAGGGGACGUUCCGAUUCUUGUUCAGCACGCCGCUGCCGGAAAGUGCUGUUGCGCCAUACUUGACAGAGCUGGCUGCUAAGGUUGAGCCGCGCGGGAUUAAAGUUGGCAGUUACCCGCGCUGGGGAAAGAAGCGCAAUACCGUUACUUUGGUAGGUGCUGACAAGGCUCUUAUGGAGUCGCUGGUUAAGGAGGUUGAGGAGAACGUGCAGGGUAAGCAUGUUGCCAAGGAGGAUGAGAUGGAUCCUCCCUCUGACUCGGAGCAUGUCUACAGCCAGUAA